AUGCAGCUACGCCUUUGUAAUAUCAAUAAUUCUGUUUUCAAUAAAUUGAACAUUUUCCAGAAAAUUCUAGUAAGAAAAAUUGAAAAGACGAACUUUAAUGCCGACAUGAAAGGUCAAAAGGUCAUCUCCGUCGCGGAUUGUGACGUCAUCUUUGUUAUCGUUACGUCAUCGCAUUACGGACGCAUCAUGCAUGGCUUUUUGUUUGGAUCUUCCAGAAGCGCACCAUCACCAUUGAUCACUUCAUUUCAUUUUCAAACGCUGAUAUGUGGGAGUCUCUUAAUAAUAGGUGGCGUGUGGUUCUACUUCAACGAAGAUUCACUCACCUACUCGCACCUGGUCGCUGAUCCCAGCACUCCUCUGAUCUCACCACCGUCGUCAUCGUCGUUGCCUCUAUCACCACCAUCAUCAGCAGCAGCAUCAGCGAAAGUUUCAGCAGCAGAAGAAUCAUCAUCAUCAUCCUCAAUAUACUUCAGUGUGCAGAGGGUCCCUUACAUCUUGAUAUUUGUGGGGGUGGUCAUCGCGAGCAUCAGCUUCCUUGGCUGCUGUGGCGCCUGCACGGAGAGCGUCUGCUUCCUCGGAUUCGUGAGCCUUCCUUUCAUUUCUCUAUUCAAUUUGUUUUUUUUCAAUAUUUAA